CAAGCAUAGCCCUAUGCACAAGUGCAACAGCAUGCACGAUUGUGAGCAUGCGCACAAGCGCAGCCCCAUGCACAUUUGCAAGCACUGCUACGUGCACAAACAUUAGCACAAGCCCAUGCACGCUUGCAAGCACAGCCCCCUGCACAAAUGCAACAGCAUGCAUGAUUACAAGCACCGCCACAUGCACGAGCACAGCCCUGUGCAUACUUGCAAGCACUACCACAUGCACAAAUGCAAUGGCGUGUGUGAUUGUGAGCACCAGUGCAUGGACAAGCACAGCGUUCUGCACACUUGCAUGCACAACCACACGCACGAGUGCAGCACCAUGCAUUGCACAGCCCCACACCCCCUUGCACACACCCCCUUGCACACCUCGGGCCCAAUCCCAAGGGGUUGGGGAUGGGGAGGGGGUGUUGGGGGCGUGCAAAAGCACUGCCCCCCCCCCCCCACGCCCCGGUGCCCCCCGCAGGCGGGUGGCCAUGUCGGGGGACUACGAGGAGGACGUGUGCCGCAGCGCCCUGCGCCUGGUGCAGGAGCUCUGCUUCGCCCCCCGUGCCCGUGCCCAGCACCAGCAGUGCCUGGAGUUCACCGACCUCCUGCGGCACCGCGGGCACCCCCGGCCUGCCGACGCUGACAUCUCGGUGAGCCUGCUGUCGGUGAUCGUCACCUUCUGCGGCAUCGUGCUGCUGGGCGUCUCGCUCUUCGUCUCCUGGAAGCUCUGCUGGGUGCCCUGGCGCGACAAGGGGGGCGCGGGGGCCGCCCCCCGCAAGGAGCCCCCCCACCCCGUGCCCUUCGGGGAGCCCGAGCGGGGGGAAGCGGGCGCCGAAGCCCCCGAGCGCUCCUACCUGGACAUGGGUUCCUGCCCCGAGGCCGCCCUAAAGCUGAGCCAGACGUCGCCCGAGCUGCCCCUGGAGCGCGACGGGGCCGGGGGGGCCCUGCCCAGCGCCACCUCCCAGCAGCAGGUGGCGGCGCUGGGACACGGGGGCAGACACCCCCCAGCCCCCCGCCCAUCCAGCCCGGACCCCCCGAACCUCUUCGAGGAGAAACCCGAGCAAAGCACCAGCAUCGGCCAGAUCCAGCCCGAGCUCUACCAGCCCGGCGAGGGCGACGCUCGGCGUGGGGGCGCCGGGGGAGCCGGGGGGGGGACGCCCUGCGGGCGGCUGAGCGUCGCCCUGCGCUACGCCUACGGCACCGAGCAGCUGGUGGUGCGGGUGCUGCGCGCCCGCGACCUCCCCGCCAAGGACGCCAACGGCUUCUCCGACCCCUACGUCAAGAUGUACCUGCUGCCCGACCGCAAGAAGAAAUUCCAGACCAAGGUGCACCGGCGGACGCUCAACCCCGUCUUCGACGAGACCUUCAGCUUCGGGGUGCCCUUCGCCGAGCUGCCCGCCCGCCGCCUGCACUUCAGCGUCUACGACUUCGACCGCUUCUCGCGGCACGACCUGAUCGGGCAGGUGGUGCUGGAUAACCUGCUGGAGGCGGCCGAGCGCGACGGCGAGACGCCCAUCUGGAGGGACAUCCUGGAGGCCACCGCGGAGAAGGCAGACCUGGGGGAGGUGAACUUCUCGCUGUGCUACCUGCCCACGGCCGGGCGCCUCACGGUCACCGUCAUCCGCGCCUCCAACCUGCGCGCCAUGGACCUGACCGGCUUCUCGGACCCCUACGUGAAGGCCUCGCUGAUGGCGGAGGGCCGGCGGCUGAAGAAGCGCAAGACGUCCAUCAAGAAGAACACCCUGAACCCCAGCUACAACGAGGCGCUGGUGUUCGACGUCCCGCACGAGAGCGUGCACCACGUCAGCCUCACCAUCGCCGUGGUCGACUACGACUGCAUCGGGCACAACGAGGUGAUCGGGAUGUGCCGGGUGGGCAGCGACGCCGAGGGGCCGGGCCGCGAGCACUGGGCCGAGAUGCUGGCCAACCCCCGUAAACCCAUCGAGCACUGGCACACCCUGGUCGAGGAGAAGGCGCUGGGGCUGGCGGCCAAGGGGGCGGCGCGGGACAAACCCAGCAUCGUGGUGGAGCCCGACUGAGCCGGUACUGGGAGCACUGGGAGCACUGGGAGCGGCAGCGAGGGCACUGGGAGGGACUGGGGAGGCACCGGAGAGGCAUCGGGCCAUACUGGAGAGCAUGGGGCAAACUGGGAGAGGGCACUGGGAGCGCUCUGU